AAUUAUGUCGUUUGAAACAUUUAACGUAAUAGCUUCAACAAGUAUUCAGACAUAUAAAUAACUAAAAUAUAUCUGACCUGAAAAGGAUUGAAAGCUGUUCAUACAGUCUUAGUUAACUCCUACCUCAACUUAAUAUUCUUCAGUUGAAAAUUACAUAAGUGGGCAUCAACCAAUCAAAACACAGUCCAGUCAAAUCUCUCUGGAACUUAACCAUCGCAAGCAAGACAUUGACUGUAAAUAAUACUGUGAAGAUUAACUGCAAUAUGAAGCAAAGUGCUACGUUUUUUGUUUUACUAAUCGGGCUGUUUCUGUGCCAGGUUGUAUUAAGUAAAAGCUGUGAUAAGAAUUCAGGCUGUACCUCAACACAAUGCUGCCUGAUGAGAGAUGGAGCAACCAGAUGUAGACCAUUGGCAAGGAAGGGAAGUGAAUGCUCUUCAGAUGAAAAGACACCGGAUGCAAUUCAUAGCUCCAGCUGCCCCUGCCGUGGGAACAUGAUUUGUCUGGAUGAAGGAGGAAGGCAAGUAUGCCGUUAAUUGCAAUGAAGAACUGGUGAAAAUGUUUCCCUAAUGGAAGACAUUUCCGAAUUAUUUGGUUCAAGUAACUAACAGCACCUGCCAAGUGGAUCAACAUUAUUACCUCAAGUGGAUCAACAUUAUUACCUCAAGUGGAUCAACAUUAUUACCUCAAGUGGAUCAACACUGUUACCUCAUCGCUCCUUUGUAAUAUUAAAAAUGGGUAUCUUAAGUAACAUUUUUCAAAGCAUUCUAUAUUGUAUACAACUCAAGAAAUUAAAGUUAUCUUAAAACUUGUG